UUGUUGAAAUGGUUCUCAAAUACGUCUUAAUAUGUGCCAUUGUCGUGAAUCAAAGCACGCUGCUACAGAUAUCACCGAUGUGUAACGUUGUUAACAGAACCGACUACAGUGCAUUUUCGUGUAUCGACGAUAGGAAGAAAAACGUAUACAAUGAAUGCUUUGAAACAAAGUUCUGUGCAAAAAAUAACAAUUUUGAACUUAAAUCACUACCAGAAUGUCCGAAAGGUUUCAGUGAUGCUGAACAAUUUUGCUACACAUUAAGCAAGACAUCAGUUUUUCCUCCAAAUUGUCCAUUCAACAACACCUUACCGUUCGAUUCUUACAAGCACGUAAUUGCUGAAAAAAAUCUUGGACCUGUAUGGAUGCCAGUUCACCGAAACUUGACCAAUGGUCUUGGAUUCUUACAAUGGACGGAACACAGCCGGUUGUAUAAGACAGCUUUUGAAGACCCCUUUUUCUUUGAAGGUGGAAUAAAGAACAAAAAUUGUCUCGUGUACCACAAUAGUUCGUACAUAAUCGGUGUAUCGUGCCUUGAAAGUUAUCAAGGAGUAUGUGCUUACACGAAACUGCACCGGAAGCAAGGUACGUUAUGUGAAACUUUUGACAACUGUGUUUCCAGUACAUUAAAUGCAAAGUCCAGAUGUAUAUGUCUUGAAACAUCUACAAACACAACACGUCACAAAGCUGAAUUUUUAGAGCCAUAUCAAAAUAACAUCUAUAAAAUCUUAACAAAUGAGACCUGUGAGAUUGGUCUUGAGAAAUUUUCAAAUGGAACAUUAGUUUGGACUAGGUCAGGACAAGAAAUAGAUUAUAGUUUUUGGUCCCCAGAAGUAGUAUUUGUAGAUACAAAGUUUUACAUAGCUUCCAGUCCCACUGGAUGGCUUUUGAGCGAACAACCACUUUCCUGUUCAUUUGUAGCAAGAAAUUUACCAGAAGAAUUUCCAACCGUAAUUUUGACACUGACCUACAAGACGGAUUUCAACUUCGUCUUAAACAUUUAUUUUUCGAGUAAAGUAAAUUCGAAUUUCACUAUUUAUUGCUUUACGGAUGCAGAUUCUUCAACCCUGUUAUACCGUUAUAUAAAUUUAACUCUGAUUUCUCAAAAUAAUACUCAGGCGGUAUAUGAGUUUCAACGACUCAAUACUGGGUCUGGCAAUUACUGGUGUGAGGGUUUCACAUAUUUUGAAGCAAAUGCAAUAAGCAGCAACGUACUCUCUUUCCAAAACGAUGUAUUUAUAGGAACUAUCCGCCUGAAAUAUAACGAAAGUAUAAAUCCUCUUAACCCUGAGAUUAUCGGUCUCUUAAAAGAACACUUAUUAGACACCCAUUGCCCUUACCGCCUGAUAAAAAUAAAUGAUUUCGACGAAGACAAAAAAUAUCUGUCUAUAAAUGUUGGUUUUGAGUGUUCUCCAUCAAAAAUUCAGAGGUCACUUAUCGAUAUGAAUAAUGUAAAUUUUAAAAUCGUUAGUGUACUGGCUGUUGAAUAUUGUCCUGAAAUUGUGGACAACGGUUUGACUUGGCCAGAAACAGCAGCUGGAUUUGAAACAUAUUCGGAAGAGUACUGUUUUAAAAUUGACGGAUUUCGUUUAGGCAGACUGUGUGUUGAAGACCCCAUCAAGGGUGCUUAUUGGGCAGAGCUUACAGAAACAUGUGAGAUACCGGAAAAAUCUUCAGUAACGGAUAAGUUAUUAUCAUUAAUAAGUCUAUCAGGAGAAGAAAUUGUUUCUCAGCUGCCUGAAAUUUUAAAUGCUUAUACGGAGUUUGUUCCCUUUGAUGUAUAUUUAACCUCAGAAUAUUUUAACAAUCCACAACAUAUUUUAUUUAGUAUUGAAGUAUUUGGUAAUGUAGUAGAUAAUAUUUUAAUGAUUGACAGCAAAAUUUUAAUGGAAUCGCAGUUAAAAUUUCAUGCCACCGAUAUUUGGUUGGAAACAAUUUUCAAAUAUCUUUUUUCGUCUUACGUAUAUGGAAUAGUGUUAGAAACAAAUAUUAUGUUCGCCGUGUUCCAAUAUUAUCAUGAUAUAAAUGCUGUAGUUGUUCAAAACAUCGAAAAUAAACUGCAAGUAAUUGAAAUUCCUGAAGGCACAUCCUUGUACGAAAUAUUAACUACUGAAAAUUUUGAAAGUGGUAUUUAUGUUGGACCUGAGAAUUCUAUGGGAGAAGAAACUAGGGUAAUUGCAAAUUUUUUUAAUGCAGGAUUUUUUCCUCAUGAGCUGAGUGAAUACGCGUAUGCUAUAUACCAGUUUGAAGGAACCGAAUUUUCAGAGGGUGAAUACACGGUUUUUUACAAAUUUAAGGAAGAUCAAUUUACUCAAAAUGUAAAAUGUGUAGUUUGGGAUUCGUCUAGCGCGUGGACUGUAGAAGGUCAAUUUGAAAUCUACAAAUCUUCUUUUACGUGCUCAUUUGUGCGGUGGGGAGGUUUAGCUUUGCUUUUAACAUCUCCAGAUACUGUAACACAAAGUUUAAUAGACAUACUAACCUCUGAUGCCGCUUCUGUUGAAAUUAUUUCAAGACUUGUCCAAGUAGUCUUUAGAUACAACGAAUUUAGCUCUACAGACGUUUUUCUUACCGCAGCAAUUAUUAAAAAAUUGAGUGAUCAAAAAGUUAAUUUAGAAUUGUUAACACAAAUUGUUAACUAUAUUCAAAACAUUGAAAGAGAUAACCUUGUAGAAAGUCAGAAACUUCAAAUGGCAACUGACGAAAUCUUAUACUACACUGAUGUGAUAAUAGAAAACCAAGAAUACACGGGCGAUGUUUUAAUCGUUGAAGACAACUUUAUAUCGUUGAUUUAUAAAUGCGACGAUUUUAGCGGGUUGGUACUUCUUGACAAUAACGAAGUCGUAAUUUUGAACGGUUCUGUUGACAUAUCUGUGUUGCUAACAUACAAAAAUUUAGUCAGUGCGCUAGUUUUGAGUCCAAAAUUAAAAGAUCAACUGAGUCAAAACUCAAAAAUUAUAGUUAACAUAUACUUGAAAGACGUUCUUUUCAACGAAAAUAAAAAUGUGAUUUACGAAACAGUCAGCACUAUUUUCGACGUUGUUCUUCCUGAAAUUGAGGGAAAUUUUUCGGGGCCUAUAUCGACAUUUCACAAAAUGGAUUCACAAACAAUGUAUCAAAAUGCAUGUGUGUACUGGCAGUACAAUGUGCCCGAAAAUAUUCCGGGUUUUUGGAAAAAAGACAAUGAAACCAAGGCAUCGUCGUCUUUAAUUCAGUGUGAUUUCUGGCAUGCUACGCACUUUGGGUCCGUUUUACUCGGAGCAGAUAAAGAUAGAUAUACUGAAACUGAAAUGAUUUCUCUUCAAUGGAUUACGAACGUCAAUUGCACAUUAUCUUUAAUUGGUUUCAUGGGUAUAAUUCUCACAGCUUUAGUCUGUGAAAAUUGGCGACAACAAAUAAAAAAUAAGGUUUUGUUAUAUUUUAGUUUGUCCGGUAUGUUUCAAAUGGUAGCAUUUUUGAUUGCAGACAAUACUGACAAAUAUUUCGAAAACUAUGCUCUUUGUGUUAUUUCAGGGGUUUUAGUCCACUAUUCUGUUUUGGUUCAGUUUUGUUGGACGUUCUUAUUAGCCUUUUUCCAAUUCAGAGCCAGUGUACUUAAAAAACGAUACAACUUCGAACAACUUAUGAAAAAAUCAACUAUAUUUGUAAUGACGCUUCCUUUGCUCAUUGUUGUAAUUGUGUUGGUGAUAAACUUUGAUUCCUACGCUAAAAGUAAAACGGGAAUUUGUUAUCCAGCCGAUUCUGCUCUUUACUAUGGGGUUUGGUGGCCGAUUUCUGUCAUUCUAACAUUUAAUUUGACAACUUGUUUCUUUGUAUAUAAUGCAAUUCGCACAGAGCAUCGAGUUAAGCGCACUGCGCUGCUAUUUUUCUUACUUGGCCUUACUUGGAUUUUUGGUUUUAUUGCAGAAAUAUCGCUUAGCGUGGUUUUUGUAUAUUUAUUUGAUUUCCUAGUAACUUUCCAAGGUGUUAUUUUAUUUUUAAAUUUUGCUAGUCGAGACCUAACACGAUCUUUGAAAAAUUCGGUAAUGAACAAAAAUUACUUUUCCGACAAAAUUCUCCAAUUUCAAAAUUUUUGGGAGCAUUUAACAUUCGUGUACCUCGACGAAAUUUGGAUUUACCAAAACGGUUCAGUGUCACGUCGUCGUUGGGUGCACGAAUCAGAUUUAAAAAGCGAGACGUUGAAGGAUAGUGGUUAUGAAAUUCUUAGAUUACCCCCAUACCAUUGUCAAUACAAUCCGACUAAAAUGGCAUGGGGGUUUUACGUCAGUUGGGCGCCCUCAUUCGGUCAUAAUGCGAACGACCACCAACGAAAACGGGUCACGAAAAACGGCAACACAACACGCACGUACUACCUCCUCUCGCCUCCGGGUAGGCAACUCAAUAUGCGCGCCGGAUACCACACGCAAACCGGAUUUCUUUUUAUCAAUAUCAAUAAAGGGAUUAUUUUUUCUUUGGUUGGAAAUGUGGCUACGUAUUACAUUACCAUGAUACAAAUAAACGAAAAUCAGUACCAGAAGUGCGGUUAG